AUGACCAAUAUGAGCUCGAACGCUUCGCAAUUCAGAAAGCUAAGCCCCUUCCUAGCCCUGGAUCUCGGGACUACUUGCCCAGUUAACAAGCAGCCCCACUUUGAGGCAUUUGUCCUUCCAGAACAACAUUUUUUGCAGAAUCUUGAUUCGUUGCCGCAUGCACAUGCAGAUAUAUCAGAAUUGCUCCAUGAGCUAUUGCCUCACCAACUAGCUAAUCAAACGCAAGCCCCUCCUCGGGCGGAUUCCUCCUUUUGCUCCUCAGCCUACGGGGUAUUAGCAGCCGUUUCCAGCUGUUGUUCCCCUCCCAAGGGCAGGGUCUUACGCAUUACUCACCCGUCCGCCACUGGAAACACCACUUCCCGUCCGACUUGCAUGUGUUAA